AUGGAACUCGACUUUGGGAGAGACGAGAAUCCUAGCCAUGGAGUACAAUACUCGUAUGAUGACAUGGUUUUUGCGCCAGCAUCUACAGCCCAUGGAACCUACUUUGACGGGGAGCAAGACGACGUAGAGAGUCUGAGCGAGUACCAAGAGGGCGGAUAUCACCCAAUUCAUAUACGCGACUACUUGGACAACAGGCAGCGAUAUCGAGUCAUUCAUAAGCUUGGCCACGGCGCGUUUGGCACGGUAUGGCUAUGUCGAGACCAUCAACUUGGCAGAUAUGUUGCCGUCAAGGUCAUGACCGCGGAUGUAUCAGUGGAAAAAGUUGCAGAACUUUCUAUUCUGAAACAUAUCGACCGAGAUAACCCGGGAGCACGAUACAUUGCACUUCCGUUGGACAACUUUGAAGUCCAUGGACCCAAUGGAGCUCAUCAAUGUAUUGUGUUUCCACUGCUGGGCCAGAGCGUAUCCCCAAGUCUCUGGCAACGAUUGGAGAAUCCUGGCCCUGUUCUUAGAAAACUGUGUCAUCAGGCUGUGCAGGCAUUGAAUUGCUUGCACGAGGGCAAUGUCGGACACGGAGAUUUCCGCCCAGCAAACAUCCUAAUAAAAGUGUCAGGACUAGAUUCUCUCAGCGAAGAACAACUUCUCACGCUACUGGGACACCCACAACCCGGCAACGUCAUCACCCAAGACGGCACCGACUUACCCUCCUUCUCACCAAGAUACCUCGUCCCAGCAGUCGACAUGUCCCGCCUAGAGUCCAAAUACCUCCUCGAAGAGAUCUGCCUUAUCCGCUUCGGACAAGCCUACCUGACGUCCUCCCCACCUCCUGAUCUCGGCACACCAGAAAACUACCUCCCUCCAGAACGACUAAUAGACCACCAAAAGGACAAAGUAGGACUCAGCUGUGACAUCUGGGCCCUCGGAUGCACGAUAUUCGAGAUCCGUCUACAAACUCCGCUGUUUCACAUGCUCUACGGACCAGACGAGGUCCUCAACGAAAUGGUCAGUUUCUUUGGCAAAUUCCCCGAACCGUGGUGGUCAAGGUGGGAACAGCGCGGGGAGUACCGCGAUGAAGAGGGACGUAUGCUCCGCGGGAGGAUGGACAUUGACGGCGAGCAGUACAGCAUUGAUAGUGUGCUGCGGGGGAAUAAGUCUGUCAUGAGGACGGUGGAUGGGGUGCUGCGGGUGGUCAAGACGAUGGAGGUGCCGAGGGAUGAGAUGGCCGUGUUGAAGGAGCUUUUGUUGAGGGUUUGUGCGUAUAUGCCGGAUGAGAGGCUUUGUGCUGGGGAUGUUUUGCGUGAUAGAUGGUUUCGAUAG